AUGCCCGAGCUCCACUUACUCCUCCAGGCUGCCAUUGGCCCAGCGUCCCGCUGUGGCCGUCCAAACCAAUCCAGUGCUGUGUCUUGUCUGGGGCUUUUGAGGACAAUGAGGAAAAAUCGACUGUUACCACUCUGCACCCUCUUUGGAGUGCUGCUCUGUGGGCUGACUCCAGAGCUCCAUGCUCAGCCAGCACCAGAAUCAGCUGACCUAAUACUCUUAAUUGAUGGAUCAGAGAACGUGGGAGCCGCCAACUUCCCUAGCAUCCGUGAUCUCGCUCUCAGAGUGGUCGAAGGGCUUGCUGUUGACAGGGAUACUAUCCGCGUGGCCCUGCUACUCUAUGGUGCCGACCCCCAAAUUCAGUUCUAUCUAAAUAGCUAUGACAACAAAGAAGCCGUCCUGAGUGCAAUCGGGAGGCUUAACUUCCCAGGUGGAUAUGAGUCAAAUCUGGGUAGUGCCCUGGAGGAGGUGAGCGAAAGCCUCACUGGUCCAGAGGCAGGGGGCAGGGCGGAGGAGGGCGUGCCCCAGAUCCUGGUGAUAAUCAGUGCGGGGCAGUCCACUGAUGAUGUCGGUCCAGGGGAAAGAGCGAUAAAACAGGCAAAUAUUUACACAUUUGGUGUCGCCAUUGGCGAGACACCACGAGUCCAGCUGGAAGCUAUCGCCUCCGACAAAAGCUUUGUUCUGUCGGCCCCAGACGCAACAACUGUGGCAACCAUGGGCAAUCAACUGUUGCCCUACAUUUUGGGGGUCGCCCAGCGCACCAUUGUGUUAGAGACUGAAUUCACAGAAGCCUUGGCCGUUGGGAAGAGAGACAUUGUCUUUCUAAUUGAUAGCACCAUGGGAGCAACUUUAGUCAAUGCAGUGCGAGAAUUCAUCAAGAGGUUCAUUGAUUCCAUGCCAAUUGGACCUGAUGAGGUGCAAGUUGGCGUGGCAAUGUUUUCUAAUACGCCUCGCACGGAGAUCGACCUGAACAGCUACAGCUCCAAAGAUGCUCUUAGUUCAGCACUGGCUAGAAUCAAGCCAAAACCUUCCCCAGACGUAAACAUCGGGGCUGCUCUUGACUUUGUGAGGACCAACAUGCUCACGCCUGACAAGGGAAGCAGGAUGCAUGAUGGCGUGCCCCAGCUCGUGCUGCUGAUCGCCAGUAAAAAGUCUAAAGACAGCGUUCAACAGCCGGCCGAGGCGCUUCAGCGAAUGGGUGUCUUGACCUUAGCCGCUGGCUCCAGGGCGGCUGAAGAGGCAGAGCUGAAGCAGAUAGCCUUUGAUGAGAGCCUGGUCUACAUGUUAAAGGACUUCCGGAUACUACUUCGGAACCCGAAACUGUUAGUCUCUCCGCUGUCUACGCUAUCCGGUGUCGUAGUGACGGAAGGACCAACAGACCCAGUGGUUGAAAUUGUAACAGUCCCAGCCCAGAAAAUAGUAAGAGACAUUGUUUUCCUUGUGGAUGGAUCAGACUAUGUGGGCAGUGCCAACAUGCCUGCUGUGCAGAAUUUCAUCUCCAGCAUAGUGAACCGUCUAGAUGUCCGUCCUGAGCGAGUGCGCAUCGGCCUCUUACAGUUUGCUGAGGGACAACGGACAGAGUUCUACCUAAAUUCCUACAACAGUAAGCAAGAUGUGCUCUCCAGUGUUGCAAGCCUGCGUCCAAUGGGUGGAAGAGCGCUGAACGUUGGUGCAGCUUUGGAGUUUGCCUUGUCCAACCAUUUCCAGACCAAUGCUGGGUCUCGCAAGACGCAGGGUGUGCAGCAAGUCCUAGUUUUGAUUACUGGAGGUCCAUCACAGGAUGAGUUCAAGACAGCUGCAGACAACAUUGCUGUGGCAGGAGUCGUGACCUUUGCUGUUGGAGUUGGUGCAGUUGAUGAAGUCGAUCUAAGGACAAUUGCUUUUGUCCCUAAUUUGGCAUACUACACAAGAAGCUUUGGUGACCUCCAAACCAUUGCUGAACAAGAGGAGUUCUUGUCGCUACUGAUUACUGUUGUUGGGGACACAGAAAACACAUCUCCGCCAGAACCCACCACCGGUCAGAGAGAUGUUGCCUUCUUGAUUGAUGGCUCGGAUGAUAUCCGAGCAGAUUUUCCCUAUGUCCGUGACUUCAUCCUAAAAGUUAUCACGCCCCUUGACAUUGGCAUCGACAAAGUGCGGAUUGCAGUUGUCCAGCACAGUGACAGGCCCUCACCUAACUUCUAUCUGAACACUUACCAGACCAAAGAUGAAGUAAUGAGGGCUGUCAGUGGGCUAAGUCCUGCUGGAGGAAGGACACUUAACACCGGAGCUGCUUUAACAUUCAUGAAAAAUACCAUUAUGACACCUGCUCGAGGUAGCAGAGCACCUGAAAAUGUCCCACAGUUUUUGAUUGUUCUGACUGGGGGAAGAUCCAGAGAUAGUGUGAAAGAACCUGCUGGUGCACUAAAGACAGAUGGAGUGGUACCCUUUGGUGUUGGAGUGAAGAAUGCAGACCCUAAGCAGAUUGCAGCCAUUUCUCACAAUCCAUCCUUUGCUUUCACCGUUAAAGAGUUCAGCGAACUCGGCACAGUCCAAGAGAAGCUCAACAGCUAUGUGAGUCUGCCCCAGAAGGAUUUGGUGGUAUUUCUGGAGCAAGCUCAUGACAUUGCAAAAGAUGUGGUAUUCCUGCUGGAUGAUUCUGAAGGGACUAGAGAUGGAUUCCAAGCAGUGGUUGAUUUUGUUCAGAGAGUAGUGGAGGAACUCAAUGUGGAGGAGAGCAAAGACAGAGUAUCUGUGGUCCAGUACAGUGAUGAUGCAAAAGUGAAUUUCUAUCUUAACUCACAUUCAAGAAAGGAUGCUGUUCUAAAUGCUAUAAAGGGUUUGAGACACAAAGGUGGAAGUGCCUCUAAUACUGGUGCAGCUCUCCAGUUUUUGAGGCACAAUGUAUUUACAUCUUCUUCUGGAAGUAGACGCCUACAGGGUGUCCCUCAAAUACUGAUUCUACUGAGCAGUAGACCAUCCAGUGAUGAAGUGAAAGGCCCAGCAAUGACUCUCAAGGAUCUCGAGAUUGUGUCAGUGACUGUUGGAAUUGGCAAUACAGAUGCCACUGAGUUGAUCACAAUUUCAUCCAAUCCCAGUUUUACAUACCAGGUCGCUGGGUUUAAUGACCUGUCCAUUAUCAAACCCCAGCUUGUUACCACGCUAAAGAGGGUUUCAAAAAAUGCGGAUGAAUUUGAAACCACAGAAAUAUCUGAUCCAAUAGGAAGUAUCAAACGGGAUAUAGUUUUUCUCCUUGAUGGUUCGGAUGACUCCAGAAAUGGAUUCCCUGCCAUCCGAGAGUUUAUUCGAAGAAUGGUUGAAGGCCUUGACGUUGGCGAGGACAAAGUGCGAGUUGCUGUCAUACAGUACAGUGAGGAUACGGUCACACACUUUCAGUUGAACACAUAUAGCAACAAGAAGCCUUUAAUACAUGCUGUAAGAAGCCUGACAUCCAAAGGAGGAAAAAUCUUGAACACUGGGGCAGCACUGCAGUAUGUCAGGGACAGUGUCUUCACUUCUGCUUCUGGCAGUAGAUACCAAGAAGGUGUUCCUCAGCUGUUGAUAUUAAUGACUGGUAGAGCAUCUGAUGAUGAUGUAGCAGGUCCUGCUGAAGGUCUGAAAACACGUGGAAUUCUCUCCUUCGCCAUUGGGAUGAAGAAUGCUAUAGAGCGGGAACUCAACAUUGAAUUAGACGCAACCCAAAGAGACAUUGUCUUUCUGCUGGAUGGGUCUGACAGCACUAGGGAUGGAUUCCCUGCCAUACAACAAUUUGUUCAAAAUGUUGUGGAGACACUCAAUGUGGGGCAGAGCAAAGACCGAGUUUCUGUGGUCCAGUACAGCAGUCAGCCAGAGGUUUCCUUUCUCCUGAGUACACAUUCCACAAAGCAAGAUGUCCUCAAUUCAGUUAUGAGUUUGCAGCACCAAGGUGGAGCACCCCUCAACACAGGGGCAGCUCUUGACUAUGUUAAAAACAACGUCUUCAUAACUUCCUCUGGAAGUAGGCACAACGAAGGUGUCCCUCAGAUUCUUGUUGUGGUGGCGGGUGGAAGGUCCCAGGAUGAUGUCAGAGGUCCCUCUCUUGCUCUUAAACAGAACAAUAUUGUACCAUUCACUGUUGGGACACAAAAUGCAGACAUUAUUCAGCUCCAAAUGAUUGCACACACUCCAAGCGAUACCUUUAUUAUUCCUCAAUUUGAUGACCUUCAAAGCAUCCGGCAGAGACUUGUAUCUUAUGUUAAAAGAGUGCCAAGACAACCGAAAAGGCAUCAAUCAACCGUAACGGACUUUCGAGCUCUUGAAAACAUGUAUGAUAAAGUGACCUCUGCAGUGGCAGUGGGUCAGGAAAUCUCAGUGGAGUCUCCAUCUGUGGUCCAACGUCUUAGUCCAAAAAGAGACAUCGUGUUCCUCAUUGAUGGAUCUGAUGAUGCUAGAAACAGAUUCACAGCUAUUCGGGAUUUUGUCGCCAGUUUAGUGGAAGCACUUGAUGUGGGCCAAGGAAAAGAUCAAAUAGCUCUUGUUCAGUUUAGCAACAGUGCUGUGGACGAUUUCAAACUCAACACUCAUACAUCAACCACCGAUGUUGUUAAUGCCAUAAGAAGGCUCAGACCCAAGGGUGGGCGACCACAGUAUAUUGGCAGAGCCCUCCAGUUUGUGAAGGAUAAUGUGCUCAGUCCUGUUGGUGGAGGUCGCCAAGAGGAAGGUGCCAACCAGAUAGUUGUACUUCUGUCCAGUGGCAGAUCUAGAGACUCUCCACGUGGUCCGGCUAGCUUACUAAAAAAUAUGGGGGUAAAGAUCUUUUCUAUUGGCUCAAGACUGACAGAUCCCGUAGAAAUGGAGGCCAUCUCAUCACAAGCAGAUUAUGCAUAUUCUCUUUCUGACUUUAUGAACCUGAAAAACAUUAAGCAGAGCUUAAUAACAAAGAUUGCACAUAUGAAGCUCCAAGAGGAGACCACAAGUGGUGGUAAGGAAUAUCAAUUAGCCAUAUUUGUAACAUAG